AGGCCGGGCCGGCGGCCCCGGAGCCUCGGGACGGACGCGGCGGGAGUCUCAGCCCAGAGAGCCCCGGCGCUCGCUCGUUCUCCCGCUCGCUCUCCCCCCGGCCCGCUCUCCCCCCGGCCCGGCCCGCGGCCCCGCAGCGUGGGGAGAAGUUUGCGAGCAACUUGGCGGCAGAAGGGAAGGCGGGAGCGUCCGCAGCAGCAGCCGCCGCAGGGGCAGCCCCAGCCCGCGCCCCGGCCGCAGCCCGUUGGGAACCCGGCGGCAGCGAUGAGCCCGUGGCUCGGUCUCGUGGUGCUUCUCUGCAGCUGGAGCCUGAGGGACCUGGGGGCGGACGCGUGCACUUGUUCCCCGAGCCACCCUCAGGACGCCUUCUGCAACUCGGACAUCGUGAUCCGUGCCAAAGUGGUCGGGAAGAAGCUGGUGAAGGAGGGACCCUUUGGGACACUGAUAUACACCAUCAAGCAGAUGAAGAUGUACAGGGGCUUCAGCAAGAUGCCCCACGUGCAGUACAUCCACACAGAAGCUUCAGAGAGCCUCUGUGGGCUGAAGCUGGAAGUCAACAAAUACCAGUAUCUGAUAACAGGCCGCGUAUAUGACGGCAAGAUGUAUACGGGUCUGUGCAACUUUGUGGAGAGGUGGGACCGGCUCACCCUCUCCCAGCGCAAGGGGCUCAAUUAUCGCUACCACCUGGGCUGCAACUGCAAGAUCAAGUCGUGCUAUUACUUGCCCUGUUUCGUGACUUCCAAGAACGAGUGUCUCUGGACAGACAUGCUCUCUAACUUCGGCUACCCGGGGUACCAGUCGAAGCACUACGCCUGCAUCCGGCAGAAGGGGGGCUACUGCAGCUGGUACAGGGGCUGGGCGCCCCCGGACAAGACAAUCAUCAACGCCACAGACCCCUGAGCUGCCGUCUCUCCCCUUCCCCCUCCCCUCCCUCUUCCGGCUGAGCUUCCUUCGGACACUAACUCUUACCAGACGAUGACAAUGAAAUUAGUGCCUGUUUUCUCGCAGAUUUAGCACUUCGAACACUUAAAAGGAAAAAUCUAUGCCGUCAUACUGAGUUUAUUUUUAAUCACAUUUCCCUCCCCCCCUUCUUUUUGGCUUUGACAUCACCUGUUUCCACCUGGGGAAAUCUAUGAUGGCUUGCCAGAAAUGAACAAGGAGAGCAAACUUCUUUUAUCAGCGUCUAUAUAAUCUAUAUUUUUUUAGGAAAACAAAAAUCUAAAAACUAUCCCGGUUGGGCAUUGUAAUCCCUUCUGUCCCUUCCCCUUGCUCCUUCCCUCUUUUUCCCCAGUGCACAAAUUAUAUACAGACAAGGCAUUUUCUGAAGGGAGGGGAUGAUGGGAUGGGCCGAGAUUAACAAGGAAGCAAGCAAAUCCCGAGGCACGGGGGGAGAUGGGAUUGGAAGCCCCAAUAGCCUCUUGGAACGCUUGUCUGCAUGUACGAUGGCCACGCCAAGGAGCGUGAAGUGAGGGGGAGCCCCCAGCCCCUUGCAGACCCCCCACCUUCUAGACUGCCCUGUUUCAUCAGGGCAGAGCCAGGAGGAAACGUGCCCGCCUUUUACAGCCGACCAGGUGAAAGGCUCCUAGAAACUCUGUGAUCUCUGUUUGGCAGGGAGCUCGCCAUGUACAUUCAAGAACUUUAUCCCCUUAGCUCUUAGCUGGAGUCCUUUUAGAAUGUUGCUUGGAGAACACCAUUACCCAAUUAGCUUUCAGCUCAAAGAGGGAGGGGAGGGAAUGUAUUUAGGUGCACAUAUACCUAUAGCCACACAGAGCUAUAAGCUAAGUUUUUUACAGGACACAGAAUUACAUUCAAUGCUGUUGACAUCCUCUUUCUCCCUGCCUUUUUUUUGUUUCAAGAUGGAAACCCUGACAUUCCAAGUUGUUGGCUUUUGAUAGUAAAAUUUUCAACUCCAGAGCCUUUAGAAUCUCUCCUCCCCAGCUUGUAACCUCAAUAUGGCAGCUGGGGCCAUGAGAUGGGAGACGUAGGGGUGGGGAGAACAGAAUCUGCCUUCCUCACUUAACGGAAUGUCCCUCCCCUCAUUGUUUCUAGCAAGGGCUGGAUUGUACAGCUUCCCCUUUCCCAGUUUCCCUUUGCCGGACCCACGGUGGGCUUCUUCCCCGUCCCCACAGCCUAGCAAGUGGUGUUAGAGGCUAGAGAGGUUGAUUUUUGCUGUUGGCUGAAGGGCUUUUUAUUGUCUUUUGAUUUUUUUUUAAAGAAAACUAUAAUAUAAAUUCUCUUAUUAAAUAAAAUUAUUUUAAGUUUUAAUGUUGAUAAAUAGGAGAUACUGAGAAAAUGGUUGAUGUGCAUUUUACAGAGUUUUGGGGGUGGUGACAUUUAACACAAGUUUUUCUUUUUCUUUUUUUUUUUAAGAUUAUAAUUAUUUAUCAAAAUGAUUUUGAACCUUCAGUUCAUUCCACUUUAGGAAACAGAGCUGCUCUGCUUUCUGGUUUUGUUUUGUAUUUUAAAUCACCAACAAGAUGCUUCUGCCUGUACAUACACUUAUAUCCCCUAACCCCAUUUGAAAUAAUCCCCUGCCAUUGUCUUUCUGACCUGGAGAGCAUCAAGAUAAGGAGAUAACCAUACUGCUGGAAACAACAGAGCGUGCCCACGAAUAAUUAAGACUUCUUGUUACCUCAAACUAGAGUAUUUAGCUUUUGUGUAGCCCCCCAAACUAGAAAUGGGGUAUCCUGAAUCCUAGUUUCCUCGAGACCCGAGUGUCACCUUUUUGGUGGCCAUCAUGGGUGAUCUCAAAAAGAUCAUGGUAAUGGAGAACUUCAGUAAGACCUAAAAGAAACAAAAAAGCAAAUGCUGGAUGGCCUCUAGGGAAGACGGAGACGAUACUAGGGGGGAUCCCACCUCUCUCUGACAGCUUCAGACCAGGGCAGAGACAAUGGGGUCUUGACAAAAGAAAAGAAAAAAAAAGUCUCUUGUGUGAUGUCUAAGGGUGAUUAUCAAGCUUGCUAUAAGCUACAGCUUUGUUGACUAUAUCUGUUCACUUAAUGUUUAAUUCAAGGUCAUUUAUGUAGCUGAGACAUCUCAGUACUUCAAAUUAUUGUUAAUUUUUUUGUUUUGUUUUGCUAAGUUCUGUGUUGUAUGUAGGUUGUAAUAUCUGCACAUUUUUUUUCAAAGCAAAACUAGACACUUCCCCUCCCCCCAUAUUCCACCAAAUUUCAUUAAUAUUUUGAAAAGUAAAACAUUUGAAGUGUAGAAAGCCAGACUGGCAAAAAAUGUGGAGGAUCAGAGAGCAAAUAACCCUUUGCUUCCAUGGGAGAAGGGACAUUUGAUUUGGGGAUGCCCUUGGGUGGCAAGAAUUUUUCUGGUGGAAGAGAGUAAAAAGAGAACAAUCCAGGCCAGAAAAAACUUUAAAAAGAGUUGCAUGACUGGUGAAAACAUGGGAUAUUGUCCUAUGGAUGUAAAAAUAAAUCUGGAGGAGGGUGGCUCUGGAUUGAGCUAUUUUCCUCCCAGGAGCAUCAGAAGUUUGUUGGCUCUCCUGGCCUUCUCUUUCACUCCCAACCUACCCAUUAGCAAUACCCAGAAUCCCGCCAGAUCAGGAAUUUGAUUUCAGAGGCGGUCAUCCUACCUGGCCGGGUGAUGUCCCUUUUCCCUCCUCUCCAACGCCAAACCACGAUCAUGGCGGUUCUGGAGAUGAUCAGUGCAAGAUCCCCACAGCUUCAUCUUGUUCACUUUCCCUGAUUCUUGGGAAAGGACCAAUUGGACCAGGGGAGGGGAGCUAGAAGCCAACAGCCAAUUGGAAACAUACUUCCCAACAGACACGAGAGUCUCGCCUCUUUGGAAUGAUUUGUCAUCCCUCCGUUCUCUCCACCUCAUUCACGGACACCAUCAGCUCUGGCAGGGGUGGAAGGUGGAGUCAGGUAGGGUAGUGCCCGAGAGUCUUUGCUUCUGGCUACUUCUUGAAAAAAGAAAAGGUCCUCUGGGUAGCUGAAAGGGAGACAGGAGUCAACCUGUGCAGGACUUUGGCCCAAUGAAAGACAGAGCCAUGGGGGAGUUGAGCAGACCUAAAAUCGAGAGCUGGAAAGAGCCUUCAAGGUCAUCUUGUCCAAUCCUCUCUUUGCAGAAGAGGAAAGUUCAGUGAUUGCCCCAAAGUGACAAAGCAGGGAUUCAAACCCAGGUCCUCUGAUGCUGGAUCCAGCCCUGUUUCUGCUUUACAGAAGCUUCUCAAUUAGAGCCCCCUCUCCUGCCUCGGUCAAGAGAAAAAGAACGAGAUAGAGGGAGUAGAUUCUCUGGCACUGAUCAAGCCCUCCGAAUGGCACCCAUGGGCAUCUAAACUGUCUCCAGCCCUUCGGUGUAGCCAGUCUGCCGUCCUCAUGUUACGGGAGGGAAACCACCAGGAGAAAACCUUGUCUGGAAGGAAUGUAUUUGUCGCUAAAUUUUGUAGCACUGUUUACAGUUUUCCUCCAUGUUAUUUAUGAAUUUUAUAUUCCGUGAAUGUAUAUUGUCUUGUAAGGUCAUGUGGCAUAAUGUUCACUUUUUAUAGUGUGUCCUUUAUUCUAAAUAGUAAAGUGGUUUUAUCUCUAUCACAAA